UUUCACUUCCUGCUCCUCCAGGCCUCCCCUCUGAGAACAGAGGCCAGACCAUGGCUCAGUGGCCAUCUGCAUCCUGAGUAUGGCCCAGCCAGAGGACCAGGCCUCUGCAGCCCCCACCAAUGGGGAGAGGUUGGUUCCAUCGCAGGAGAAUGGAGCAGGCGAGACCCCGCUAGGGGUCCUUAGCAUCUGGGAGCCACUUCUGCGCCUGCAGAGGACACAGGGGGUGUGGCAGGUCCCAGAGCUGGGUGCCCAGGGUGCAGAGGCCAUGCUGGAGCUGUGGCCACUUGGGAGUUUCCUGGUUACAGGACAUGACCCCAGCCAUGCUCUGGUGUUGAAGACAGGACCUGCUCCUGGAGAAGUCAAAACCUACAAGAUCCAGAAGCUGCCUGGAGGUGUGUUUCUAGAAUCCUCCAACCUCUGCAUGCCAGAUCUGCCCCACCUUCUGGCCUUCCUAUCAGCCAGCAGGGAUGUUCUGCCCAGAACACUGCUCUUGCCCCCUUCUGCUCUAGGGCGUGGAGGUGAGCACACAGGCGCUCUGCAGACUGGCAGGGUCCAGGCUCAGACCUCAGCCGGGGCACUCUUGGUGCUCAACCAGCUCUACCUGGAGACGCACUCGGGCUUAGGGGUGCAGCAGGCCUCCCAGGAGCCGGAGCCGGAGCCAGAGCCUGCCCAAAGGGAGUGUCCAGUCCCCAGGAACCCCGGGCCACACCGGGUCUCCUGGGUGGAAGGGCCGCUCAGCCUGGAAGUGCAGUGUCUGGGGCCAGCUCUGGCCAGCCUGGAGGAGGAAGAGGAGGAGGAGCAGGAGGGGGCGGAGCAGCUGCAGCAGCAGGAGGAUGACUGUGAAGAUGAGGAGGAAGGCCCCGAGGACGUGCUCACCGCCCACGUGCGGGCUCUGGCCAGGGCACGGAGCAGCUACGUGGCCCGGCAGUGCCGGGACCUCCGAGUGCGCCUCACCUCCUAUUCCGGGAGCCCCCACAGGCCGGGGGACCCGGCCACCGAGCUGCUGCAGGACGUGAGGCACCUGCUUAGCGACCUUCAGGACCACCUGGCGAAGGACCCCAGCGUCAGAGCCAUCUUGGGGAUCAGGGGGCCUAGAGACCCCCAGAAGCACGAGAAGCUUGGCCCCACGGUGGAGGCGGCCGUGUGCCGGGCGGUGCUGGCGCCCCUGAAGCCAGCCCUGUGGAUGCGGCUCCGGACUCUCCGCGCUCCGGAGCUGCGAAGACUGCGACGGCGGCAAAUGGCCCUGCGCGCAGGGGCGGGGCCGGAGGGGCAGAGCCCCGGGCCGGCCCGCCGGAGCCGCAUCCACGCGCGCCUUGCGCGCCUCCACGCCGCCUGCGCCCCGCGCCGCAAGGUGGCGCUACUGCUGGCCGUGUGCAGCGACGUGUACGCGAGCCUGGCUCUCGGUGAGAACCAAGAGCCCCAGGGGGCCGACGCCUUCCUGCCGGCGCUUACAGAGGAACUGAUCUGGAGUCCAGACCUCGGGGAGACGCAGCUGGACGUGGAGUUUCUUAUGGAGCUCUUGGAUCCCGACGAGCUGCGGGGAGAAGCUGGCUACUAUCUGACCACGUGGUUCGGGGCGCUGCACCACAUUGCCCACUACCAGCCCGACGCGGGCCGUGCACCACACGAGCUCAGCUCUGAUGCCCGCGCCUCCCUGCGCCAUUGGCACCGGCGGCGGACGCUGCACCGACAGGACGAUCCCGGCGCCCAGGCCCACCUGCCCUUUGAGGAGCCUUGGGCAGUAGAGACCGUGCCGGGGACUGGUGGUAAUUAGGGAGGCCUGUUCUUGUCCAGCGGGACCCGGCGUAGCCUGGAACCAUGCUGACUCCUGCCGGCUGGGGCUUAGGGGCGGCCAGGAGACUGGCCUGACCGCUGAGCCUUUGCACUGGCUGCUCCUGCUUCCUGCGAUGCCCUUCCUGUUGCUGUCACCAUACUGCUCUUCCCUCCCCUCCCUCAAACCUUUAAGCAGAUGUCACCGCUGGGGUGGGGUGGGGUCUCCCACUCUCCCCUAAGAGGGUACCUUCUUUGCCACGACCCUCCCUGCGGUAGACAGAAUAAUGCCCCCUCCAGAGGUGUCCCCACGCUGGUGCCCAGACUUCCGGGAUGUGGAACCUUACGUGGUGACAAGGGUGGAGUGGCCUCCGGGGCUGAUAGGGACCAGGGAGGGGCUUCCCCUGGAGCUUCCAGAGGGAGCUUGGUGGUGAUUUGAGACCGCCAAGGCCCGUGCUGGACUGGUGACC